AUGGUGGAGAAAAAUGUGUCCCGUAUUACCAAGAUCCACCUAUUAGGACUUCAGACGCCACACAGUAUAACAUUUCUGAUCUUUUUUCUUUUCCUUUUAAUUUAUUUUGUGACGAUAUGUGGAAACCUCCUGAUCAUCACUCUGGUGUCCUACAGCAAAUCCCUCCAUUCCCCCAUGUACUUCUUUCUCUCCCAGCUGUCUCUAUCAGAUAUCUUACUGGUAACCGACAUUCUUCCUAACACCCUCCAUACUGUUUUGAUGAAAGGGAUCAUAAUAUCUUUUUCUGAUUGCAUCACCCAGUUUUAUUUUUUUGGUUUUUCUGAAAGUCUUGAGUGUCUUCUUCUGACAGUGAUGUGUUAUGACCGAUAUGUGGCCAUCUGUAAACCAUUGCAUUAUUCUUUAUUAAUGAACUUCCAGCUCUGCUGGGUGAUGAUUAUCACAUGUUGGGUGUUAGGUCUUUUAGCAGUACUGAUUCCCACUUUAACAAUAUCACAAUUGGAUUUUUGUGGUCCCGAUAUUAUCAAUCACUUUUUCUGUGAUCUUGAUCCAAUCCUACAGCUCUCCUGCUCUGAUGCUCCUAAUGUUCUACUUGAAUGGUUAAUGAAUGUUAUUGUUGUUGUCAUCCCAUUCUUUACAAUUAUUAUAUCAUAUGUUUAUAUUAUAAUUACCAUUUUUAAUAUCCCAUCUAUUACCGGUAGACAGAAAGUUUUCUCAACAUGCAGCUCCCACCUGACUGUGGUUUUUAUUUAUUAUGGUACUCUAGUUUGUGUUUACUUGGUACCCCGUAGAGGACAGUCAGGGAAUAUUACUAAAUUCUUGUCAUUGCUGUACACUGUGGUAACCCCACUCAUGAAUCCAAUUAUAUACAGCCUGAGGAAUAAAGACUUAAAAGAAGCUGCAGCUAAAAUCAUCAACCACUGCCUGCACUCACAUUUCAAUGUUCCGGACCGGCCGCGGGAACAUGGCGGCUUCCCGCCAGGGAACGCGAGGAAGCCGUUCACAGACCUCAUCUCAGGGGCCAGAGAUCGUCCUUUCAGCGACUCCACACGCUCCCCCCCGGGAGCUCUUGGGGGACCGGACUCCGCGCCGACCCCUGUACCGGCGUCACAGCCGAUCACCAUCACGGAUCUGAGGGCGGUGGCGACGGAUAUCAAAGAGGCGCUUGCGGCGGCCAUUGCCGACCUGCGCCUGGAUUUUAAAGCGCUGGACGGGAGAGUGCAGGCAGUGGAGACCAUCUUGGAGGAUCAUGACCUAGUCCACCAGCGCUCAACGAGGAAAAUUGAUGACCACACAUUUCAGCUGCGAGAGGUCAACCGCCAUUUGGAGGACCUGGAGAACAAGGGAAGACGUCAUAAUUUGCGCGUGCGGGGCCUCCCGGAGGCUGUGGAGAGUGACCGGAUCCGGCCCGAAGUGACAAGCAUCUUUAACUCAAUCCUCCAGAGACCACUAGACACGCAGAUCACCAUGGAGAGGAUCCACAGGGCACUGCGCCCUAGAGGCAGAGAUACUGACCCUCCCAGAGACAUAAUCUGCUGCCUCACUGAUUACAGCUUGAAGGAGGAGAUCCUGAGGCGGGCCAGGGGACAGCGCCUUCAGCACGGAGGAGCCCCGAUACAAUUGUUCCACGACCUCUCGGGGAUCACCUUGAAACACCGCAGGGACCUCAAGCCCCUGCUAGAUGUCCUGCGAUCGGAGAACAUACCAUACAAAUAG